GCCGCCGAAGAGGGAGGCCCGGGCCCGGCGGCCAGGCGCCCAUGAACAGCGGGGCCCCGGGGACGCUGGCCGUGGGGAGAGUGAAAUUCUUCGACCGGCACCGCGGGGAGGUCAACUCCUCCGCCUUCUCCCCCGACGGCCAGACGCUGCUCACAGCCUCCGAAGAUGGCUGCGUGUACGGCUGGGAGACCCAGAGCGGGCGGCUGCUGUGGCGGCUGAGUGGCCACACAGGCCCUGUGAAGUUCUGCCGCUUCUCUCCUGAUGGCCACCUCUUUGCCAGCUCCUCCUGUGACUGCACUGUCCGCCUGUGGGAUGUGGGAGGAGCCAAGUGUCUGCGGGUCCUGAAGGGUCACCAGCGGAGUGUGGAGACAGUCAGCUUCAGCCCUGACUCAAGGCAGCUGGCCUCGGGUGGCUGGGACAAGCGGGUGAUGCUCUGGGAGGUGCAGUCUGGCCAGAUACUGCGCCUCUUAGUUGGGCACCGAGACUCCAUCCAGAGCAGUGACUUCUCACCCAGUGCGGACUGCCUGGCCACCGGCUCCUGGGACUCCACUAUCUGCAUCUGGGACCUGCGGGCAGGAACCCCGGCAGUCUUCCACCAGGAGCUGGAGGGCCACAGUGGCAACAUCAGCUGCCUCCGCUACUCAGCGUCUGGUCUUCUGGCAUCCGGCUCCUGGGACAAGACCAUCCACAUCUGGAAGCCCACAACCAGCAGCCUGCUUGUCCAACUCAAGGGCCAUGUCACCUGGGUGAAGAGCAUAGCUUUCUCCCCUGAUGAGCAGCGGCUGGCCAGCGCUGGCUACUCCCGCAUGGUCAGAGUCUGGGACUGCAGCACUGGGAAGUGCCUGGAGACUGUGAAGGGAGUCCUGGAUGUGGCCCAUGCCUGUGCCUUCACCCCAGAUGGGAAGCUUCUAGUGUGUGGAGCUGCCGAUCAGGCCAGAUGCUGAGCACCCCGCAUGAAACUACUCAGGGCCCCUCCAAUGUAACACAACCUCAGAUAGCCCUGAUCUCACCCUCUCCCUGCCAGGGCUACAGGCCCCACCAGAGCAGCCAACAGCUGCAGGCAAGGGGCUCGCUGGGAUCCACUCGUCACCUGGUAACCACAACUAGGGCCCCUA